AUGGACAUGCGGUCGAAGGCAUACCCGUCGCUACCAAAGGAUCAAAGACUGUGUCUUGUGCUACCACGCAUCGGUGAUCUACGCCUGCGCUCACAGAUUCCGACAGAAUUUUUGCAACGUCUGUACAUCCACGCAGAUCCACGACGUCGCUUCUGGUACAUGCGCUUCCAGCUCACACGCAAAUUCAUCGUCAUGUCCAAGCAGGGGGAUUUGUACACAAAAACAAGCCUAAAUACCUUUACAAUGGCUGAACUACCUAAUAAAAACCUGCUUAGUAUGCCUCGCGUGGCUUGUGGGGAUCUCAUGAAGGUGCUGGAUCUCGUACAGUGCUCAACAAUUGAAGGCCAGCAUUGGGAGCUCGUAUUGACGCGCUGGCGCAACGGAAUGGAGACAUGGCUACCGCUGGAGGUAGUGCAGCUUUAUGCAGUCACUAUUCUACAGGAAUUUUACGUUAAUAGCAUUAAUUCAUGGGCAUUUCGCGGUCGCAUACAACCAGGAAAUCUACUGGCGUUUCGGACAGAAGUGGAGCUCUGGCUUUUUCAUCCCGAGUUUCAGGAGUUUUACAAGAAGCUUCGUCAAAGGCGAGCGACUCACAGUAACAAAACAGUAUGUAGUCCACAGCAGGGGGUGAUGCAGGCGCGUGUGAAACCUGAACGACUGAUAGAAUCUGUACAUAGUGUAAAUACGCCUUUGACACCACACGUGUCUUAUGUGUCACAACCGCCAAACUCUGGUCGAGCCAUAACAGCUAGUGACCCAUCAGAAACAGUGAUACAGCAAUUUGAGAGACGAGGACUUGUAAGAGAGCGUCAGGAGAGACUUGACCAAAUUCGGCAGAACAGACAUAAUGAGUUACAGCAAGAGCUGCUAGAAACUACAAAACAACGAGCUAAUAAACAAGUCGAGCAGUUACAAAGGUUCGAAUGCGAGCGGCGUCUUCAGCUUGAGCGACAACGAGAAGAAACGCAUCAUGAGCUGCAGAAUAGCCCGAAAGAACAGCAGCAACGACUUGGGAUGCAGCAAAAGCGAGAUAAAUUGGGAAAAUUGCAUCAGCAAACGCAAGAAAACUGGCAUGAGGGAAAGACACAAACAGUAUUGCAACGCAAGCUGCAGCAAAGAGAGCUUUUACAAGAACAAACGCCUGCAAGGCAAAGCUAUAAUGAAAAAAUAACGCUUACCCUGUUCCAGGACAAAGAAUGUCAAGAUGAUGCUUCUCUCUUGUCCACAUCGCAUCAACAAGAAGAGAGCACGUCUUCUAUUUUGGUCGAAGAUGAUAACGACAAUUUUGUUCCAUUAAACUCAAGCAGUGAAAGCAAUGAUAUACAAAUGAAUGCUGAAAAGGAUUCAAGUAGGGAUAGUGUAAGCUGUCUGCCUCAAAAGCGCCAUCGAAAGCGAUUAUUAUACUCUCAGGUAGGUUUGGACGAUGAAGAUGACGACGAGCUUCCAGAUUUGUCACAGCCACCUCCUAGUAAUUGUCCGCAAUACGAGAUUCAAAACAUCAUCGAAGACGACCGUUUUGGUGGGAGGUCUUCUCAUGUUAGAAAGAAGCUCAAACGAUUACGCAAGUCUGUGCAACUUGAGAAUAAUGGAACGACAAGCAGCUGCGUGGAUACUAAUCUUGCGCAGCUUUCAGAUGAUUAUGGAGAUGAUGAUUGUCUGGAAAUAACGACAGCUACCGAGUCAGGUUCAUUAAAUGAUGGUAACGCAGGAGAGAGCUAUGUUGGCGCCAAUUGUGCCACAGAGCUUGUCGAUGACGGUGCUAACCGUGAGUCUAUUAUAAUGGUUGGCGUAAUUCGAUGCGUAUGCGGGGCUACAUCAGUUGGAGGUUACCGUGGGCGAUGGUUCCAAUGCUGGAACGAAGAAUGUGGUGUCUGGGAGCAUGCUGAUUGUGUUGGAUUUUUGACAAAUAAUGAAUUCCAGCCAUCAUUAAAUCAUCUUUGUCGUCGUUGUGAUCCUGAGGCAUAUCUGACACGUCGUGAGAAAGCGUCCGAACGAAUUCUGGAUUGGUUGUUUCAAUGUUGCGACAGCAGAAAUGUGAAGCAGUUAAUGGACUUGCUGGAAGACAACAUAGGAAUUGUAAAUAUUCCUUUAGAUUGGAAAAAUGAACGUUACGAGAGUAGGACUUUGGCUAUGCAUGUUGCACGAAAUGGCCUCGCCCAGUGUUUGCAAUAUCUAAUAGUUGAGCGUAAAGUGGACAUCUUUGCGACGGAUUUGCAGAGUCGUAAUGCCCUACACCACGCGGCGCAAGGGGGCUCAGUUAUGUGCUGUCGGGUUCUUCUCAAACAUGACCGAAAGUUACUGUUUCAUCCAGAUUUGCGUGGAUGUAUGCCCUUUCACUGUAUGCUGCAAUCAAUUAAAGCUAGCAAGCUGUGUAUUUCUUUUAUGCAGGAAAAUACGGCGCUAAUUGGAAUGGGAGACCUUGACUCUAACUUUCCGAUUCACUACGCGUGUCAGGCUGUUAACCGCCAUACAGUCAAAAUCUGCCGGAUGGUUUUUGCUGCUCAACCAUCAAUGCUUCAGGAGAAGUCCAAUGAAGGCUUAAAUCCUUUGAUGAUUUUAUGCAAGUCAACUGGUACUGCAAGUACAGAUAUGAUAAGGAACAAGACAAGCAAUGCGAGCGAAGCGAUUAAAAGUGCGAAGGGCGUUAUAUCUUUAAUGCUCGACAUCGACGUGUUUGGGGACUGUUUGAACGAGAAAGCACCCAACGGGUGGUCUCCACUUCAUUUUGCAGCAGCGUCCGGAAACCAUGAGCUUAUUACACAUUUGUGCAACCUUGCGCUUUUUGAUAUACACCAUGCAGCGAAAGGAUCCGGUCAGACUGCGCUUCACAUUGCGGCACAACAUAAUCGGUUGUUGGGCAUUCGUGCACUCUUACGUAAGGGAUUAAAUGUCACGGCUAAAGACAGCGAUGGAUGGAUCCCAAUGCUAUACACGGAGGAUGCCGCAUGUAUUCAGGAGUUCAUGCAUUAUAAGCUAACAAAACAACUUUCAAGACUGCAUCGAAUGCUGAGCAAAUAUCAGCUACGAGGGCUUGUCCGUCGAUGGCAGCAACUCGUAGCACGUGAUCCGACCUGCUUUAAUAUCUUAAAUGAUUGGUGUCAAGGCAAAACUGAGCGAAUUGAGCGGAUGGAAGGGCUUUUCUUAUCAAAUCCGUAUUUACUUCGGCUAGAUAACAAGAUUGAAUAUGUUCGGACAAACAUCAUUCCCUCCAUUACAAAACCUUCUGGAACAUGCUCUGCUACCGUUGACAACGGAGAGGCAGGUAUAAAGACGUAUUCAAAGGGUCAGAAGAAGAUUGCUUUUGUUUUCUCGCGUGGAAAUGGAUGUUUUUGGAAGCAGUUUGUUGGUAUGGGAAUGAGACUGGAGCCGGAAGAUUUUCGCUUGCCGAUAAUUUUCUCCAUCGAUCGUGGUGGUCCAGGUAUUGAUAAUCAAAACACCAAUUUAAAACUUGUUUUGAUUUGUUUAGCGGCGGGAUUGCAUGAAGAGAUUCCUGGACUACUCGUUCGCGGAUCUAGCUGCGCUCAACAAAAGUUUUGCUUAUCGUCUGACAAGCAGGAAUCGGCUGAACAACUUGUAGGAUUUUACUUGCUGGGAGAGCUGGUCGCGCAUUUUGUGCUUUUUGCAGUUUCCUUAAGCGGUAAACUCGAUUUUGAAUCAUCGUUUUUGCGCUGCAUUGGUUGCCACGGGAUGUACAAAAUGACGUGCGAUGCGCCUUGGAAGAUUUGUGGACGUGCUUUUGUUGCAGGUUUUGAGGCUGUAUUGCCUGGAACCCUUACACUCUUUCGCGCGGAAGAUCUUCGCAUACUAUUUAACGGUCCACAGACUAGUCUCAAUGCUCUGCAGAUCGACUGGAGCACUGCUGUUGAUUGGAAAGUAUGCAGCUUCAGAGCAACGGAUGAUAAGGAUGGUGAAAAUGCGAAGACGUGGUUGCCUCGCCUGAUGAACGAGCUUGUUGAAGAAGAACAGCAGCUUUUGCUACUAUUCAUGACUGGUACAUUCCAGAUGGUAAAUGAUCGUUUUUUUCGCUCUAAUGGCGAAUUGGACCGCAUUACUGUUGCGUCAUAUCCUGAGACUGAUGUUGUGUUUGACCACGACCUGAUGUUUCCUACUUUGGAGAACAACCCAGAUAUCCUUCGCCUCCCGUCCUACUCAUGUUAUGAAGCAUUUAAAAAGGGAAUGCUUUCGCAAAAAGGGCCAUUAGGAAUCCAGGCUAUUAAUUUACAGAAGGCAAUUUUUGGAAUUAGAAAGUAUACAGUUCCGCGCGUGGUUCCAUCAAAGCAGAUAUUGAGGUUGUUUAUACCAUGGACCUGA